CUGGCUGACUGGCUGGGAAUCGGACCCGCGGGUCUGUUCAACUUCAAACCCAGCGUGCGCCCCGUCCCCCUGGAGUGCCACAUCCAGGGCUACCCGGGCAAGUUCUACUGCCCGCGCAUGGCGGCCAUGAACAAACCCGCGUAUGCAGCGAUACAGGUCCACUCCCCCACCAAGCCGGUUCUUGUGUUCGUGUCCUCACGCCGGCAGACCCGCCUCACCGCCCUGGACCUCAUAACAUACGCGGUCGCCGACAACCGGCCCGCCCAGUUCCUGCACAUGUCGGAGGCCGAGCUGUCCGGCUGCCUGGGCGGGGUGAAGGACGCGGCGCUGCGGCACUGCCUGCAGUUCGGCAUCGGGCUGCACCACGCGGGGCUGGGGGAGCGGGACAGGGGCCUGGUGGAGAGGCUGUAUGUGGAGUGCAAGAUACAGGUGCUGGUGGCCACCUCCACGCUAGCCUGGGGUGUCAACACGCCGGCUCACCUGGUGAUCAUCAAGGGCACCGAGUUCUUCGAUGCGCGCUCGCGGCGCUAUGUGGACUUCCCAAUCACGGAUGUGCUGCAG